GAUCGUCCGGCACCAGAUUCUCCUCUUGGCCGCUGGCCCUGGAGACGUUGGACGACGCGCGCGUACAUAAACAAUGUACUUUUCGCGCUGGCAUUAAUGACGGACAGACGCGGACCAUGUUUCGAACGACCUCUGAGAUUUUACUGACUUUUAUAUUUUUUCGUGGGCCCUCCAGAGCUUUUGUUUGAAUUUUUUUGAUUUUUAACUUUUUUUUUUUUAGCGCGAGAUUUCCGUACGCACACAGUCCCGUCCCGGUGAUGGGAAUUUCCCUCCCUUCUCAUCCUUCCCCUUUGUCAACCUCUCCGUAUCUAUAGUCCUCAAAAUUAUGAUAACGCAAGCCUUUGUCCGCGGCGACACCACUUAAGUCCAUUGUUUUCCUCCCCAUAAAAUUUCGACUGUCAGUAAUUUUUUUUGUAAAUGUAAAUUCUUUAGUGUUUUCACUGUUCGAUCUUAUCCACUGGUGCACGAUCCAAGAUUUUUGUUCAUUAGUUUCUCUUAAUAAACUGCAUUUUCUAUUUCAUCUGAUCAUACUAAAAGUAUAUUUGGGUCAUAUACUCCUACUCCUUAGAACUUUUCUGGUGUAUUACAGUAUCAAAUUUAUACAAAAAAAAUGGUGUCCACUAGACAACAAUGUAGUAGUAGUUCUGGUCCUAUUACUAAAGUAGCAGUUAUAUCCAAACCCGAGAAAAGUUUCAGUGUAGUUGGUUUAGGACAAUGUAAUGCCAGUCAAUCCAAUCAAGUUAAUUUAUUGGAUCUUCCAUAUGAAGUACUAGAGAAAAUAUUGUCUUAUACUAAUUUCAAACAUAUAUCUCAAUUAAGAGCGGUUUCUCGACAAUUUAACAUAAUAUGUAGCACUAUGUUGAAUUUUACUUUUCAACGUUUACAAAAUCAAAUGUUACAUCGUUUUCAAAUUAUUAAAACAAAAAUGCCACGACGUGAAUCUGCUAGGCGACAACAUCCACUAGCGUGUGAAUCUGAUAUUGUUGAAACUCUUCAUAUGAGAUUACUAUUAUUGCGUAUGGCUUUUGGUAAACAUAUUGAGAGAAAACACAUUUGUUUUUUUGCUGGAGAAAUUCUAGAUGAAGUUUAUAAAAUAUUACAUUAUAUUAAGGUUACUACAAAGUUGGCUAGGCCAUAUAAAGUGACAGAUGAACUAUUUGAUUUAUCUACAAUGGCCAUGGAAUAUUUUAGAGAAAAAAUUGAACCAACUCUUCCUGAGAUUCGACUUUUUGCUAAUGAUUAUCAUGAAUUUCCAUCACGUUUGGGUCCACCCAAUACUAGAACUAUUACCAGUAUGUGUUUAAGAAAACGUAGCUUAAUGAUACGUGAAGGUUCUGUGUCAAGUUUAGAAGGUAAACGAGCUUCAUCCGAAAGUCCUCAUUGUGCUGCUAUGUUAAGAAAGAAUGUUUGUAAAAUUAAACAAGGAAUUAAAUCGUCUCAAAAUUGUCAUUUGGAACGAGAUUUUUUGGACCUACGAAAACAAUUACGAAAAUCAACAACUCAAGUUGGCAAUUUGCAACGAGAGUUAAAACAGUGUAAAUCACAAAUGGCUGACCAACAUAAAACGUUGGUUGAAUAUUCAAAUAGAAUGGAUGAAUACGAUAAGAAAAAUGAAGAAACUAAUAGGAAAUUUAGUACAUUAUUACAGGAACUUAAUAAAUGCAAGACAGAAAUUCAAUAUUUACAAUCUGCAUCUUCAUCAUCUGCAGUUUCUGUUUGUUCUUCAUGUAAUACCACUGCAAAUGAUCUGUCUAUAGCUAUUGGACAACCUGUAUUGAAUUUGAAUACCAAUCCUGUUCGAACUAGAUUGCAGGGUGAUCAAACUCCACAAAACAUAAUUGAAGGCUCUGUAAGACAAAAUGAACCAGGUGAAUCUGAAGAAGUAAAAUGUUCUGAUGAACAGGAACCAUCUACAAGUACUGGUGUUAAACGUAAAUUAGAAUCGGCUAUUCCCAAAGCUACAAAACGUGUCAGGGCUAUAGCUAAAAAAGUACGCAACGUUAAUAAUAUUAAUUAG